AUGUCGACGUUUUCGCGCGGUAGAUCCAAUUUCUCAUCGGGGACCCUUCCGAGUCGACCAGAUGAAAGUGCUCCUGUUAAUACAUUGUUAUCAGAACAUUCUUCAAAACCUCUUAUGAGAUCCUAUCGCCUUGAUCGAGGUGGAAAAAGAACAAAAUCGAAUCCUUUGGAUACAAUAGCAGCAUCAUCAGACGCAUUAAUAUCUGAAUGUGAAAAUUCACAAGAAUCAAGCUCAGCCUAUCAUCAUAAUGUCGAAGACGACGAAAUUAGGUCGACGGAAGAUAACGGUUUAGUAACACAGACGGAUUCAAUGUCGCCUCCCCAUGAAUCACCAUUUCCGUCACUUAAUAGCUCAUUUGCUGAUAGCUGCGUAGAAGUUAGUUUCGACAUCAAGAUUGUUGGACCAUCGAAUGUUGAAGAGAUAUUUAUGUACUUGGCAAGUGAUGCUGAUCUCAUGAGAGAAUUCUUUGCGACAAUUUUAGAUCCAUAUGCUGAAAUUGUAUGGAAGCGCAGCGGAAAUCUGCCAAGAGCAUCUUAUGAAGAUCAGUGGUAUUUUAUAGAAGCAUUCUUAAAACUGAAGCCAUUUCGAAGUGCUGACGUUCAAAGCAGAUGCGAUAAUAUUGUUAGAUUUAUCGAAGAAGUAUCACUUCGAUUGAAAUGUAUGAUUCAGGAUCAAGCAUUUAUUGAGAUUCCUAAAUUUUCCAGCUUCUUCCCUGAUGUUGUGCCACAACAUGCAGAUGUUCCAAUAUCAACAAUUGCAAUAGGAAGUUGUCCAAAUGCUGGCUGCUUUUUCGUUCGCGGUGAUUACAUUAGUCAAGAAAAUGCAAUUUGCAGCCUAAAAUUGUAUCCACCAAACUCAAACGACGCUGCGAGGGAAAGCAAUGCAUUCAAAGUUGCAGGAAAAAAUACACUUUUAUCUUAUUCAAAAUUCGAACAUGAUAAAAGGCAACUGUCGUUAUACUUUGGUAUUCGGUUACAUGACUUGCAACCUGAUGGAUUGGAAUAUGCCGGCUACCGUAUUAAUAUAUAUUACAAUUCCAUGAUUAAGAUUAUUGUUGACAUGUCGCAGGAAAACUCCAAUAGCUUGUUUAUUCAGCUUAAACAUCCUCCUCAGUUGUGGGAGGCUAUUCCGAAAUCAUCAGUGUAUCAUCCCUCAAAAGCUCGUGUUUUGAAUAUGGAAAUGUGCAUGGAUUGGGUUCGUGUGUUAAGUUGGCCGGCUGAUGGCGAUGGACGAUCGAUUGGAUGUAGCAAAGAAGCAUUUGCUCAAAGCAAUUGGAUUCGUGUUGUAUUUUUAAAGAAGAAUUAUUCCAAUGUGAGCAACGGGAAAUUCUUGGACAUCGUUUCUCGUUUAUCAGUUCGAAGUUCUGCGAAAAUAUUAUUCGGCCCGAUUUUCUCAGUUCGUCGAAAACUUGCCCCGCAACCUCCUUUACAUUCCCUUGGAACAUUUCGUGCGAAUUAUGCAAUGCAAGCGUUGCUUACGCGUGGGAGCAUCGUUACGGACCAGCUUUUCGAUUUCAAUUCAACCAUAUGCGAACUCGGGAAGCCGAUAGAACUCGACGAUGAGCCACUAUUUCUCAAGGUUGUACGAAGAGGAAUGAAAGAAUGUGAACGUGCUACGGAAGAAACUCUCGAGCAGAUUUUGAAUGCAAUCGAUGAAAAACGUCAAGUCGACCUGCUUGAUGCUUUCAUUAAUUUGUACAUGGCAAGAAAACGACAAUACGAACGUCUUUUAAGUGGGGAGAAAAUGCAAGAUAUUGGGCUAGCAAGACCACUUCCAAAGAAUUGUGUUGCUGUUGCGAAGGUUAUCGUGAGCCCAACACGUGUACUCCUCAUGGCACCUGAAGUCAUGAUGAUUAAUCGAGUUGUUCGAAAAUUCGGACCAGAUUAUGCUCUUCGCUGUGUUUUCCGUGAUGAUAGUGGAGGCCGUCUCGUUUUUCGCGAUUUUUCGCUUGGAAAUAUUGAUCAUGUAUCCAAUAUUAUUUCCGUUACAAUAUACAAUACUCUCAAACAUGGAAUUACAAUAGCUGAUCGUGUAUAUAGCUUUUUGGGUUGGAGUAAUUCUCAAAUGAGAGAUCAGGGAUGUUAUUUAUAUGCUCCAAGAAUAGAUCCUGUGACUGGAGAGGUCACAGGAACGGUUGAGGAUAUUCGUAGUUGGAUGGGAGACUUCCGCGAAACUGUUAGUGUUCCAAAAAUGAUGAGCCGAAUGGGACAAUGUUUCACUCAAGCUCAACCUACUGUCAAGCUAUUUCCUCAUCACUGGGGUGUCGAGCAUGAUAUUGAAGGAGGACCUAACAACAAGUAUUGCUUUUCUGAUGGAUGCGGACGAAUUUCUUUAAAAUUGGCUCGAAAAAUCACUCGAAUACUAAAAUUAAAAGAAGUUCCAGCAUGUUUUCAGGUCCGAUUCAAAGGUUUCAAAGGGAUAUUGGUAAUUGACCCAAUGAUGGAUGAACUUUUCGAUGUUCCGCCCAUCAUAUUUAGAAAAAGCCAGCAAAAGUUUCUCGAUAAUUCUGGUGGAACGACUGUUGAUUAUUUAGAAGUCGUGAAAUACGCGAUGCCUUCUCCGGUGUGUCUUAAUCGACCGUUUAUUACCAUUCUCGAUCAAGUAUCCGAAAAACAAUCAGCUUCGUCACAUAAUAGAAUCACGUCUCGGGUUCAUUAUUAUCUAGAACGCGAAUUGUCGAUUUUGAGCAAUAUGCUUGUUAAUGAGAAAUGUGCUGCCGAGGAACUAAUGAAUCGUACAAACUUGCCGAUUGAUUGGUCUUUUGUUGUUUCGUCUGCUGGUUUUGAGUUGACAACUGAUGCAUUUGUGCGUAAUAUGAUUGUGUCCGUCUAUCGAUACAAUAUCAUUCAUCAUAUUUCGAAGGCAAAAAUAUUUCUUCCCGGUAACAUUGGACGAUCAAUGUACGGAGUUGUUGAUGAAACUGGAUUGCUGCAACAUGGUCAAGUGUUUAUUCAAUACUCUCCCUCUUUGAGACAAACUAGCAAUCAUCCUAUCUUAUUAAAAGGAAAAGUGCUAAUUACAAAGAAUCCAUGUCACGUUCCUGGAGAUUUACGUGUAUUUGAGGCUGUCUGGCAGCCAUCAUUAGCUCAUUUGGUUGAUGUUGUCGUUUUUCCACAGCACGGGCCAAGACCACACCCUGAUGAAAUGGCUGGAUCGGAUUUGGAUGGAGACGAAUAUUCAAUCAUAUGGGACCAAGAAAUGCUUCUUGAUUAUAACGAGAAGGCCAUGGUUUUUCCAAGUAGUACACCUUGUGAAGAAGACAAGCAACCUACGACCGAUGAUAUGGUUGAGUUUUUCUUGAAAUAUUUACAACAAGAUUCUAUUGGACGAAUGAGCAAUGCUCAUCUCGCAUUUGCAGAUUUGCAUGGAUUAUUUCACGAACAUUGUCAUUCAAUAGCAUUGAAAUGUGCUGUUGCUGUGGAUUUUCCGAAGAGUGGACAACCCGCCGAACCAUUGGCUAGCUAUGAGCAAUGCGAAACAGCGCCUGACUACAUGCCCUCUGGAAACAAACCUGUUUAUUACAGCACUCGGUUGAAUGGCCAACUUUACAGAAAAGCAAGAAAGGUCGAAGAAAUUUUAGAAGAAUUCGAGCGAAAAGGAAGCAUGUUUGAAGGUGAAUAUGACCGUCUCAUUUGUCCAGAUAAUAUUGAUGUAUUCUUCGGAAAUGAGGCCGCUCUUCGAUCUGCGAUCGCUGUGAGAGAUGAGUAUGCGAGGAGAAUACAGCAACUUUUGGACGAAUACGGAAUUGAGAAUGAAGCAUCGAUUGUUAGUGGGCAUGCGGCGAUCAUCAAGAGACUUGCCGGAAUGGAAAAGGACGAUUACUCAUUCUAUCACACUGAUAAAAUUGUUGAACUGAGAUAUGAGAAACUAUUUCAUUCGUUCAGACAGAAAUUCUUCGAGGAGUUUGGUGGUGAAAAGGCUCAUACAGUUCAAGAAAAUCGUAAGACAUACGUAAAAUGCACUCCAGCAAUGUGUGAAAAAGUUCGCCAAUGGUACUAUGUAUCUUAUGUGAUGCCAAAGAGAAACAGCAGUGGCUCCAAGAUCGGACAAAGCUUGCCUUGGGUCGUGUGGGAAGUAUUAUGCAAUUUGAGAAGAAAUUUGGUUCUUGAAAGAGAUAUUCCAAUUAUCCGAAAAAAAUAUCCAAUUGCUAACAAGUUCUCCGCCGAAAUGAAGGCUUCAAUUGAAAACAAAUUUGAAGAAUACUCGGCUUUUAGCAGUGUAGUUUACAACGAUUCGAAUGCAAAAUUUUUAGUGCAGUGA